AUGUCAGAAAUAACCAUCACUGGGUGGCUCACCCGUGAUGUGAGGUUUCCCACAUCACUCGACAAGACGGGCUCUGAUGCUAUGAAUGCUGCUGGAGACUAUUCAGCUGCCUACUGCAUGCUCCAGACAGACUCGAAGCACUCUGGUCAUGGAAUGACCUUCACGAUCGGGCGGGGCAACGAUAUCGUCUGUCAUGCCAUCAACCAUCUCGCCGACAGGAUCAAGGGCCGAACGCUGUCGUCCCUCGUCGAGAACUGGGGCCAGACCUGGCGGCAUCUCGUCAACGACAGCCAGCUGCGCUGGAUCGGCCCCGAAAAGGGCGUCGUCCAUCUCGCCCUCGGCGCCGUGGUCAACGCCGUCUGGGACCUGUGGGCCAAGGUCCUCAACAAGCCCGUCUGGCGGAUCGUCGCCGACAUGACACCAGAAGAGUUCGUCCGGUGCAUCGACUUCCGCUACAUCACCGACGCCAUCACCCCGGACGAGGCCAUCGCCCUGCUCAAGGAACAGGAGCCGGCCAAGGCCCAGCGCAUCCGCGAGGCAGAGAACAACCGCGCCGUCCCCGCCUACACCACCAGCGCCGGCUGGCUCGGCUACGGCGAGGACAAGAUGAAGGCGCUCCUGCAGGAAACCCUCGGCAAGGGAUACCGCCACUUCAAGCUCAAGGUCGGCGGUAACAUCGAGCAGGACAAGAGGAGGUUGGCCAUCGCGCGCGACGUCAUCGGCUACGACAAGGGCAACAUCCUCAUGGUCGACGCCAACCAGAUCUGGUCCGUGCCCGAGGCCAUCGGGUACAUGAAGGAGCUCAAGGAGUUCAAGCCCUGGUUCAUCGAGGAGCCCACCUCGCCCGACGACAUCCUGGGCCACAGGGCUAUCCGCGAAGCCCUUAAGCCCUACGGCAUCGGCGUCGCCACGGGAGAGAUGUGCCAGAACCGCGUCGUCUUCAAGCAGCUCCUCAUGUCCGGCGCUAUCGACGUCUGCCAGAUCGACGCCUGUCGCCUCGGCGGUGUGAACGAGGUCCUCGCCGUCCUCCUAAUCGCUAAGAAGUAUGGAGUCCCGAUCGUCCCCCAUUCGGGCGGUGUCGGUCUCCCGGAAUACACCCAACACCUGAGCACCAUGGAUUACGUCGUCGUCAGCGGAAAGCUCUCCGUCCUCGAGUACGUCGACCAUUUGCACGAGCACUUCCUCCACCCUUCCGUCAUCAAAGACGGUUACUACCAGACCCCGACCGAGCCGGGCUACAGUGUUGAAAUGAAGCCUGAGAGCAUGGACCGGUACUCCUACCCCGGCGAACCCGGCGUAAGCUGGUGGAAGUCGGAUGCCGCUAAACCUAUCCUCGAGGGAGCGAAAAUCUAA